CACUGUUCGUGCCCAGCGCUUAGUCUGGCACCAGCCCGUCACGGCCGACAUCAUUCUCUCUGUAUCUCGGAUCGUCGGCGAUGUGAUUCACAUUCACUCUCAGCUUUGAAGCCACUACAUAUUUGAUCCUCCUUCGUUCCAUCAGGACCGCGCAUCCCACUGUCAUUCCGUAAACACUGAAACAAUAGUUCACCAUACGCCCAACGAACCGCAAAAACGUCGUCAGUGCUUUGAGCAACGACCUGCCUCUACAGUGCUACGCGGAAAGAAAGAACAAUGGGCCGCAUUUCCCAAUUCUUCGCAUACCUACACUCCAUCCUCGUUCAGGUACCGCAACAUGGCUACCACAACAUCUCUCGGGUCGUGCAGCCGCAGAUCCGCAGUCUUUCGGAGAGCUUCACCGCCAGUUCUAACCGCAUCAGCAAAGACAUUGAGCUUCAGCCGAUGAAACCGAAUCGCGAUGCCGCUGCGAAACAGACGGAAAACCCCAAAGCACGAGGCUGAAUGGCCCCGUGGAUGAUCGUCUGUGAAGUCUCUUAUGACUCCCAAAAAGCAUAGAAGAUGAGGUUGGGCUGAGAAGAUACGAGAAGAGAUAACAACCUACUCCGUACGCUACGCGCAUUUACCGGUCAAGAGACAUCGUGCGAUAUCUCCCAUGCCAGCGCAGUUUGCCAUGCUCUGAUGUGGGAUACACUUCUGCGACAAUUCGCGCUUUCACACCGUAGGGCACUCAACACGUGCCCUACGGGUCUCUGUUAACGUUUCCUUCAUUACGGAGCGCAACGUCACUGCGUAGGAAUCGCCCGCUAGAAUAGGGCGACCGCCUACUCCCAUCCUGGCACGCAUCCCGAACAACCGUGCGCGCAUUUGUCCCAAUGAUGAAGCUCAACGCACGACUAUGCGCCAAUUUACGAACCUGCAUUUCUCCUCCCUGCCGACACUGACACGCAAUUCACUGGAAUGAUCGUGGGGGGACUCAGGUAGGGACGGCCACAAUUCGGAGCACACGGGCCAUACUCAGAGUCAUACUCGGCCAGACGAAUUUUCGCACCUCAUCGCGUAUAAUAGGACCAGAACAUCUCGUUAUGUGGUACUCUAACUCCCGGCACUGACCCGGAUGUCGAGAAGAUUGAAAUACGUUGUCGAUCAUUUGGUAAUCUGCGAAGACUUCUUUGAAGGAGCUGAGCAGGGUAUUAUAUCGUCUGAUAGCACCAUCCGAUAUAGCUUGCUCCUUUUACGGAGUACUUCUAAAGAGGGACGUGCCGAGCUGCUGGUCGUUGGCCCUAGCUGAACGCGAUGGUCUGAGCACAGGGUUCGAGAUCGAUAAGAGCCGUACACGAGAUAGAGAACGUCAGAGCAUGGAC